AUCAUAUGGUUGUCUUUCGGAAGUGUUAAUAAACGUCAAAAUGGAUAACCUUAAUUUGUGAUUAUUAUUCUGAAAUUCAUACCCAACUAGAUCGUAAUUAAAUGUCUAAAGAUUUCGUACGCAAUGGAUAAAUCAGAAUUGGAAGGAAAAUAUCAAAAGCUCGCAACAGAAUACUCCAAAGUUCGUUCUCAGGCUACAGUUUUGAGGAAGGCGGUGUUGGAUGAGCAGGCGACUAUACUUAAUUUAAAGGAAAUUAUCAAGGAGCAAGAGCAGAAAAUUCGGAAACAUGAUCAGGAGAUGGAGAGCCUUACAUUCCGCAAUGAGCAAUUAACAAAAAGAAUAUCAGUCCUUCAGCAAGACCUGCAGGGUAAUCAAGGAAAAAAGAAUAAAAUUAAAGGUUCAGAGAACUCCACACAUCAAUCAAACUUUAGCAUCAUUGAUGAGGAAUUACAGAAAAAGAUCAUAGAGAAUGCUGAACUUGCUAGUACUAUGGCUGAUAAGGACUUGGAGUUGAUGAAUUAUAAAGAUAAUUUAGAGUGGAUGAGGGAGAGUUUUGUGAAAUUGGAAACAGAGCUCAAUGCAAAGUGUGAGAAUUACAAAGUUGAAGUUGAGAAAAUGGAGAAGGAGAUUAGUAAAAACGCAGGGAUUAAAAAUAUUAAUAAAGUUAAAGAUUGUGAUAAAUGUAGGAAUAACAAUGAGAAUUCUAUAACACAUGUUAAACAGGAAGCAGAGCGUUGGAAGAUGGAAUGCGAAGCAUUGAGAUCACGUCCAAACGCAAAUAGCGAACUUACCGAAUAUUACGAAUCUCAAAUUAGGAACCUGUUGGAAUUAAAACUGUUAUGUCAGUCAGAAGCAAACAGUCUGCACGCAGACAACGAGGCUUUAAUUGCGCGCUUGGAGAAUGCUAUACUUGAGAAGAAUUCUUCUGAGAGUAUCUUAGAGAAAACGAACGAAGAACUGCAUACAACAAGCGAGAACUACAAAAUGCAGUUCGACGCGAUGACGGAACAUUUUGCAGCGCAAAAUGAAAAAAUUACUAAACAAUGUGAUGAAAUUGAAAUGCUUAAACAUAAGUUAAACGCAAAGAAAUAAUUCAACCUCAACCACAUCUUUGCAGUAUAGGUAAUAAGUUGUCGUAAUUUAAUUAAAUUUCAUGAAAACUAUUUAUAAAAUAUAUUUAUAAAGGAUACCAAUAAAACGUUACUUUUAGAUUUACCAUUUAUUCUCUAAGCAAAUCAUGUUAAAUAAAUAAUAUAACAAUGUGUUCUA